UUAUAGAGAGAGAGAGAGAGAGAGAGAUGGGAAGGGCUCCUUGUUGUGACAAGGCGAACGUGAAAAGAGGGCCAUGGUCACCUGAAGAAGAUGCAACGCUAAAAGAGUUUAUAGAGAAACAUGGGACUGGAGGGAAUUGGAUAGCUCUUCCUCAGAAAGCUGGUCUUAAGAGAUGUGGGAAAAGCUGCAGAUUAAGAUGGCUUAACUAUCUCAGACCCAACAUUAAACACGGUGAAUUCUCCGAUGAUGAAGAUAGGAUCAUAUGUACCCUCUUUGCUACCAUUGGAAGCAGGUGGUCAAUAAUAGCAGCUCAGUUGCCAGGCAGAACUGACAAUGAUAUUAAGAACUACUGGAACACCAAGCUUAAGAAGAAAUUCAUUGGUAUAUUUCCUCCAUCUCAGCGAAAAACUCACCCAGUAUUCACCCUCUCAAAUGCUCUUCAAACUUCAUCAUCAUCAUCAUCAACAACAACAUCUACUUCAUCAUACCAAGGCAGCAACAUUAGUUACUACAACCCUACCACUUCUUUCACAGGCUUAGAGCCGAUUCCAAGUCUUUUCAGCAGCAAUUAUUCUGCUGCUAAUGCAGCUACAAUUCUUCAAGCCCGAGAAAACUUGGUGGGACAGCUACAAAAUUGCUAUGUAAAAGAUAAUCUGCUCAUGUUUGGGGGUGAAGCUAGUUGUAGCUCUUCUGAUGGAAGUUCCAACAACCUGAUCAGCCAUAGCAAAGAAAGAAGAGAGUAUGAAUAUGGCGCUGGCACUGGUGGUGGUGGUGUAGUUGAAACUUAUGAAGUACAGAUGGCUCCUCAGAAUUGCUUUUACAAUGGGGUCGAAGGAAACCAGAGGUUCACGGUAUCCAAUGGUGGUGAUCAUCAUGAUCUUAACGGUUGGAUUGAAAAGCAAAAUCACAAAAAAUUCUAUGAACAACAAUUAGACUAUGGCUUUGACGAAAUUAAGCAGCUGAUUAGCACCGAUGGUGGCAGCAACUUUUUGUUUGAUGAACACAAGACGGAGGAAAGGUUGUUGUAUUAUUGAUGCUGACUGUGGG